AUGAAGGCGGGACAGCAAGCCUACCCACAUAUAGACCAGAUGCAGAUACCCACCAAACCGAUACCUAUAGCCUCACAGGAGCCCAUACAGAACUUUCCCUCAUCACAAACGCCAGACGACGACAUUUGUGGCGCACUAUCCUCACAGCAGCAGAUACAGUCAUAUCAAUUAGGGAAUGACAACGGCAAAGGCCUUACACCAAGUGCUGUAGGAACAUCGUAUGCUUGGGGAACUCUGACAUUUGGCAUGGGUAGACUACUCGAAGCAGCUGAAUUUGCUGGGAGUAAAAUAAGUGGUGUUUUAGGAAUCACUGAACCCAAAUAUGCCAUGUACCAUGAAGAUGCUCAUAUACAAGCAAAGGAGGCGAGUUGA